AUGACCGACUUACAACAACUCCACCAGUAUUUAAUUGGAGUCUCUAACUCGUGGCAGAACGGCGCGGGUAUCGCAAAAAGCACGGACAUAUAUUUAACACACCUCCAGAAACCAGAGUUCGUCGUUUCACUUCUUCAGGUGGUGUUACAAACUCAAGACAAUGAGCCUGCAGUUAUCCAAAUAGCUAUCGUCUUCAUUCGACAGAUCCUUCAAAAGUAUUACAAUGAAGAAAACUAUUACACACCAGAAAUUCGAGAACAAGUCCGUACACUGUUGUUCACAGCCGUCUUUUCUAAGCCUGUGCAUGCAAGGAAAUUACUUUUGGCUGCUAUUUCAAUAGUUGCCGGAACGGACUUCCCAACAAAGUGGCCGACGAUGGUCACUCUUAUUCUUCAAACGUUUGCCAAUGGUACACCAGAGCAACGAUUUGUAUGUGUACAGAUUCUCUCUGCGGUUGCGAAGAAGUACAGAAAGAUGGAAAAUAUUGCAAAUGUUAUCUACGAGAUCAAGGAAAUUGUGAAGGUCCUCCCAGUGAUAAUUCCAGUCUUUGUUGCCCUUCCAAGUAACGACCGAAUGAUUAACCCAAUUCUGAAGUUCUUGGAAGGUAUUUUGACCAUCGAGCUUGUAGACGAAAUAGAAAACGUCAUUCAAACAGUCUGCGAGAAGCUUGCCGAUAUAAUGAAGACGGGGGAGUCAAAGAGCCAAUUGAAGAUAUUGAAAAUCUAUCGACUCUUUUCGACGAGGUAUUUGGACAACGAGUUUUUGAACAGAACGAUGACCACCGUGAUGUACACAACUUCAGUGCAAGUGCUUUCACUGAACGUUCGAGAAAGCAAAAACGUUAUUGCGGCGUAUGAUUUGUUAAACACGUUGGCUCCAACUUUGAAACAAAUUCCAAACGACGACUUUGUUCGCUUGAUCACUAUAAUUGCCAAGGACGUUUCGUUGACACAAGAUGAGGCUUUGUCCGCCAAAGAAGAUCCUGAAGAGUUUGUGAAAUUUGAAUUAGAAAGCGAGUUGAUGUCUGUCAAGAAAAGUGCUGGAAGUGUGUUGAAUUUGUUUAAACGUGUACGAAACGAUACCGUGACUCUUGUCAUGAGCGGAAUUCAAAAUCUUAUGGCGAGCAAUUUUGACUCGGCGAUUCGGUUGUUUGUUGGGCUUGUUGUUGAAGGAGAAAUAGCGAGAUACGGUGCCACUAAAAUCACCGCAGGUGUUGAUGUUCUUCAGUUUUGGAAUGUCUUUGUGAAGCCGAAAUUCUUUGCCCAUCCCGACAUUUCUUCACUCAACUUUGUGAGAAUGUUUCGAAGUAUAUUGCCAGUGAGUAAUGCCGAGUUUGGAGAAAUCUUUACUAAAGUGUUUCAAACCUCAGUAAUUCCGAACGCGGAUGGAGAGGAUAAAACGUGUAGUUUACUUGCUGCGAAUAUUGUAGAAAAUAUGUUACUUUUAAAAAGCUCUGAUCAGUACUCCAAAUGCAUGAAUGGGGUAGACAGAAGUUUGUUGAGUGCCGCUUACCGGAUGGCGUGUGAAUUGACAUCGAAUGGAAUUCGUCUGCACUCACAAUAUCAUCUCCGAGCUGCUGUAAGAACAUUGCAACAAGCUGCAAAGAUCAAUGUUCCUGUCGACCAAGGGUUGAACGAUUUGGUGACAUUUUUAGUGAAGGAAGCAGCAAAUGAAGUGAAUAACAAACAGAUUGAUGGCAUCUUUGUUGGAAUGAAAUUUGAAGUGUUGUCUGUUGCUUUGUCUAUAUCACUUCCACCAAUAGAAAAAGAGUUAUAUGCGAUCACAGCGGAAGCGUGUAAAGUGGACAAUGUCGAUGUUUUAGGUUAUAUCUUACAACUCAUGUCAUUGUACGCGGACAAAGUAGCGUCUGUAUGUGGAGAUGUGUUAGCAAUAAACAUUAGUGAGCGGACCAGUUUAGUGAAUCCGAUGGUCAAAUUCUUAACGGCGUGUUUGAAGAAAUCGCCGAAUUCAUUCAACGAAGCGAUGACAGGGAAAUUGAUUGAAAUGUUCCAAUUUCUCCUUUCAAUCGACUUUGUGGACGACGCAUUCAAUUUGUUAAAUGGAGUGACGUUCUACACAAAUGUGAGUAAAAUGCCACAAAUCAUUACGUCUCUUCUCAACACUAUGGUGCAAAGACUUGAAGCUCAUCAAACAAGACUGUUAAUGUAUAACAUUAUGUGUUACGUCUUACAACUGUGUUAUGUAUCAAACGUUGAUUAUAUCGCAGCAUUAAAUAUUCCAGUCCAGAUCGUACAAAUUUCAGUCAAUAACAUCUUUAAGUUGCCUUUGGAGAUGAACCGCCCUGUCUGUGUUGUGGGGUUGUGUAAGUUGUUAUCACUCCCACAAUUUACACCAGUCGUCGUGGGACAAAAUCUUGUCCUCUUCCUCAAAAGUGUUGUUGAUACUUUGAAGGAGAAGAGAGUCAUCGACUUCGACUUGGAGGAAAUCGUCACAGAUAAGACGUCGAAUUUGUCCACAGUCAAAAUGGUACCCGUGUCACCCGUUAUCACAAAUCUGAAGGACGAAAUCAAAAACGCAAUUUUUGCUUUGUUCAACGUUGUAUUUGUGGCUAACGGACAACAGACCACACUUAAACAGUUUUUGGUCGGUGAUGCCGCAGCUGUGUUUGAAUGGAUAUCUAAAGUUUAG